CGCACCAGACUACUAUUAAAAGGCGCUGACGUCAAAGCGGCGGCCAUGUUUGGCGCGGGCAGAGAGUCUCCAUUGAAGAAGAAGCUGCAGUAAAGCCACGCAGUACCAGCAGGAGCAGGCUUCAAAGCGGUCAGCUGCUGAAUAGCGCACAUCAUCAGCUCCCCCGUACUCCCUGUAGGACCUACACUUCCUAGUUAGAGGGCAGCUCCACCAGAUCCACACCAGCAGCCAUGGCAGAAGACGCAGACAUGCGCAACGAGCUCUCGGACAUGCAGCAGCGUGCCGACCAGCUAGCCGAUGAGUCACUGGAAAGCACUCGCCGCAUGCUGCAGCUGGUGGAAGAGAGUAAAGAUGCCGGUAUCAGGACUUUGGUUAUGCUGGAUGAGCAAGGAGAACAACUUGAUCGUGUUGAAGAUGGCAUGAACCAUAUCAACCAAGACAUGAAGGAGGCCGAGAAAAAUUUAAAAGAUUUAGGGAAAUGCUGUGGCCUUUUCAUAUGUCCAUGUAACAAAAUGAAGAGUGGAGGCAGCAAGGCCUGGGGCAACAACCAGGAUGGUGUGGUGAACAGCCAGCCUGCCCGUGUGGUUGAUGAACGGGAACAGAUGGCCAUAAGCGGAGGUUUCAUCCGCAGGGUAACAGAGGAUGCCCGAGAAAAUGAGAUGGAUGAGAACUUGGAGCAGGUGGGAGGCAUCAUUGGUAACCUGCGCCACAUGGCCCUGGACAUGGGCAAUGAGAUUGACACCCAGAAUCGCCAAAUUGACAGGAUCAUGGACAAGGCUGAGUCCAACAAGACCAGGAUUGAUGAAGCCAACCAGAGGGCCACAAAGAUGCUUGGCAGCGGUUAAGCAUCUAAAUCGCCUGCUUUUACUAACCGUGCAGUUUGUCAAAAUGCACAAACAUGCUUUUAUCUUGGUAUUUACCUUCUAGGUUUGCACACAUGCACAUAUCACCCCCACGUUGUAAAUGUUGUUCUGUGUGCCGUCUGUCAGCUUUUUCAAUGAUAGUCCUCGUAAAAAUGAUUUCUAAUACUCUGUAUCAUUCUUUCCAAAGUUUGUAUAUAGUGCUGGCUCGGUGGCUCUAGCUCACUUGUGAAGUUUUUAUUCUUUUUUUUUUUUCGUUCGUUCGUUUGUUUGUAUUUUUGUUUAUAUUUUUUUUGUCACCUAUAUAUGUAUGCGUAUAUAUGUAUACAUAUACACACACUUUAUAUAUGUAUACAUAUAUAUUAAAUAUGAUAUAAACCUCUUUACUGGAUGAAAUAUAUAAUAGGAAUGCUCUACAAAAUGUCUUUCCUUUUCGGUAUCUCAGUAUCGUCUUAGUAAAACUGUGUCAUUUCAUUAGGCUACUGUCAUGCUCCUUAUUUCGAUGUUGUCAUGGCAAACGACGAACGGGUUAAAAAAAGACGGUCGAUCGUAUACGACUUACAGUAUACGGUCAUACCGAUACAAAAAGCACUUCCUUGGUUUGUUUUCCUCAUCACAAACAUAAUCAGUUACUGUUUAGACAAAGUGCAACUAGAUUCUGUAGCUGUAAUAGACAUUGCAUUCCAAGUGGUGUGAAUUGUGCAUUAUGCAUGACGAAUAGUAGAUUUUAGCGUCUUAUACAUAAAACUUGUCUUAAAAAUAUGAAAAAAAAAAAGAAAAAAAGAAUCAUGGCAGUAGCAAAAAUUGACAAAAGCAUGCUCAGUAUUAGGACACAGUUGAACGUUCCAUAUCCCUGCAAGUUUGCAAUAGUGCUCUCUUUCUGUAAAUAUAUACAUACAUAUAUAUAUAUAUAUAUAUAUAUAUAUAUAUAUAUAUAUAUAUAUAUAUAUAUAUAUAUAUAUAUAUAUAUAUAUAUAUAUAUAUUUACAGACUGUGACCAUCGAUGUAACAUAACGCAACAUGACCGAAAGAAGAACAUGUAACAGACGUGACAAAAAAGCGGUGGUUCUGCUAAAAAUGACCUGUUUUCUAAAUGAUUUAUGCAGCCUGGAAAAAAAUGAUAAUGUCUGAAGUGCUGAACGGUGGAGACUAGUCGUUUUCUGUAUCAUAGGUUUUGGAUGCUCUGAGAAAAAAAAACUAAAUAAAACAAAAAUAAAGAAACAUUUGCAAUGUAAAGCAAAGAUGCACAUUUCUGAGAGAUCUUACUUUUAUAAGAAGACUGUAUCCUGUUAGUUUAAUUUCCCUGUGUGGUUUGUUAUUGGUUAAAAAAAAAAAAGGAAAAAAAAAAAAAGCAAAAAGACGAUAAUCCGUGACACACAAAAUAAAGAGGUUUUUGUUGCUUCUGUACUUUAGAGCUAUGCACAACAAAUUGCUACGAUGUUGAAUAGUCUGUAUAAGAAGACAAAUAAAUACCUUAUCUGAAUGACGAUAGGUUAAACUGUGAGACUGGUGUCCUCGAUGCAUGUGAUAUUAAAAAUCUCCCUCUGUAUCCUGUCGGUCUGUGACGUGGUUGAACAUUUUGUAGCUAGCUGAAUUAAUUAAAAUGAAUAUAACCCCUCCUG